AUGGCCUCAUCUUCAGAUAUCUCAGACGCUUCGCGCUCUUCUACGCUGAAAAUCAACUACUCAGUCUCCAAGGCCGAAGCGGUACUCACAGAUAAUGAAGUUCCUAUGUACAAGGUUGACUUCAGACUCAAAGCACCACACAUCGUCGUCACAUCACCAAGUGAAAUCAACCCGAUCGGGACGGGCUCCGUGCACACAGUCCGCAUAGACGCCGACUACGAGAUCCACGGCCGAAAGGGCACGUUGAAAGCCCUCAAACGUUUCAAGUCCAGGUACACCUACCUCUCACACGCCUUCUCCGAUACUGACUCCCCCGUACCUAUGACGUGGACGGGCGAUAUGACAUUGAAGAAGUGGAACUUUGUGUCUUUGGAUGAGCGGAAGAUGCCCGUCGCGAAGCUGUCACUCAACAUCUGGGCGACCAAGAAAGUCGGCAACAUCGAGUUCUUGGGUUCCAGGGCAGCAGCUCGGGAUGCGAGGGAUGAACUCGUUGUUACGGGCAUGACGCUUUUUCUGUGUCUUUCAUACCGUGCCAAUAGCCUUGUAUCUUUCUUUGGUGCGUUCUUUGCCCGGCCGGGUCCUAUUGAGCAGGAUGCGGAGACGGUGAAGUCUACUAAGACAUGA